UGAAAAAACAGCCUCCUUGUGGAAGGCGGUACUGCAUAGUGUAAAGAACUUAGGCCUCAGCAAUCUCAGAGCUGGGUUGGAAUUCAGCCUAGUGCUUUGUAACUGAGACCGUGAUUGAGCAAGUUAAGAAGUGGUGGAGUCAGGCUGACAUCCGUGAAGUGGAGAUGGUGCCCAUCCUAUAGGAUUGCAGUGAGGCUUAGUGUUAAUGAAUGUAAAGCUUGCAGAAAAGCACAAUGGAAUUGAACGUAUCCCAAUGAUGCCACGUUCUUUUCCCUUUCAGGAUGAUAUCCCAGGUCCUGGGUUCUACAACGUCAUUCACCAAUCUCCAGUGUCCAACAGCGUCUCAUUGUCUACGAAAGGAACAUGCACUUUUCCUUCUAUGCGUGCCCGAUGGGACACCAUCAUUCCUAAAUAUCCUGCAGCGAAUGCAUAUUCUAUCCCAUCAUAUAUUUUUUCAAAGAAAGACUUCAGUAAUUCCUGUUCCAGCAUGUUCCAGUUGCCAAGCUUUGCCAAAGCUCUCAAAUUUGAAACUCCUGCACCAAACCAUUACAAUGCCUCUAUCUCUUGCUGCAAGCUGAAAAACAACGUCUGUGCCCGAGCCGGGUUUAUGUCAAAAACCCAAAGAGGAAUUUUCACUAUUACUGAAACAGGACCUGCUCCAGGGCAUUAUAAUGUCAACGAAUCCCUUGUGAAGCAGUCACCAAAGAUAUUAAUGUCUUGUUUUAAAUCAAAAACUGGCCGCGGAUUAAAACUGAUGUCAACAGGCCCAGGACCCGGUUCUUACAACCCUAAUGACCACACCAAAGUUCCUAAGAAGUCUCUUAUCCCGAAAAACCCCAUCCUGAACUUCUCUGCCCAGCCUUUGCCUCUCCCGCCAAAGCCGCCUUUCCCAGGCCCUGGUCAGUAUGACAUCGUGGACUACACAGGGCCCCCCAAGCAUUUCAUCUCAAGUGCGUCGUUUGUGUCCAACACCAGCAGAUGGACAGCGGAUCCGUCCCAGCCGGGACUACCCGGUCCAGCCACGUACAAGCCAGAAUUCCCAGGAAAGCAGUCCUUCCUCUACAACGAGGACAACAAGUGGAUCCCGGUGUUGUAGUGACGUCACAUGAGCUCAGGGAGAACCCUGGCUCCAGCCUACCCCACCCAGCUUCCCCAUGACAUUCAUAAAGAGAAUCUGUAUUU